GUCUCAUUACAUUUUUUGUUGUUCAAAAAUUUUACAGCAAUAAGCUGUAAAAUUUUAAAAUUACUAUAAUUUUAAUAUCAUUGCUUGUUAGAAAAUAAAUAUUUUUUUAUAAAGAAAACUAAAGAAUUGCAACAAAUCCUGAACUCUGAUUUAAAAAAUCGUUUGUGGUACUAAACAGAAAAAAAAGCAUUCAAUGUUUGAUAAUCCAGCAUUCAGAGACGCUGAUGCAGAAAAACAGUUUGAGGAUAUUUUGUUUUCUGAUGCCGAUUCAGUUGUAGAACCCGUCAUUGAUGUGUAUAAAUAUGGCUGGGGAAGAUUUUCAGGGAGUUCAUUACAAAAACUUAAUAAACCGUCGUUUUUGAUUGUAGUUUUGUGCAUAUGCUCUCUUUCUCAAGGGCUAGUAAUUACUGGAGUAACAUUUACUGCUAUUACAUCUAUAGAAAAACAAUAUGGCUUAAAGAGUACAGAGAGUGGGCUUUUACUUAGUGUUACUUACGAUGCAGCUUAUGGUAUUUGCUGCCUUUUUGUCAGCUACAUUGGUCAUAAUCAUAAACCUCGUUUUAUUGCAGCAGGUAUGCUGGUAAUGGCUUGUGGAUGUUUUAUAACAACUAUUCCAAAGUACAUUGUCGGAAGUUACACUGCUGGUGUCCAAAUUUCAACAGACUUUUGUCAAAUUUCUUCUAAUUAUACAAUUCCUCAAACAACCUGUAGUGAAGGAACAUUAUGGUAUUAUAAAGGUUUAUUUGCCCUUGGUUUUGUUUUAAUGGGUAUUGGUGCAACACCUUUAUAUACCUUAGCACCAGCUCAUAUUGAAGAAGUAACACAUAGAGGUCAAGGAAGCUUGUAUUUGGGUAUUUACUAUGCUGCAGCAGUUAUAGGUCCAGCGGUUGGUUUCAUAAUUGGUCUUCCAAUACUUAAUACGUGGGUAGAUAUCAAACAGCCAACUAACUCAGCCUUAACGACGCAUGAUGGGAACUGGGUUGGAGCAUGGUGGAUUGGCUUUUUAAUAGGAGCUGGCAUCCUUUUAAUCCCUAUUAUUCCUAUGCUUGGAUUUCCUCGAAUUUUCUCAGACUCUAAAGAAAUUCGCAAAAAGAAAAACGAGUUAGAAGAUACAACAGAAGAAGAUCAAAGAUUGCGUCAUGAUUUAAAAUCUAUAUGGCCUUCAAUGAAAAACUUGUUAAAAAACAAAUCUUUUUUGUUCAUAACAUUAGCCACAGCAUCAGAAAGUUUAGCUACAGGUGGUUUUGCAACUUUUUUACCAAAAUUUAUAGAAACUCAAUUUUUUCUACCAGCUUCACAAUCAUCUUUGUAUACUGGCAUAAUUGCUAUUCCCGGAGCUGCUGGCGGAAUUGUUCUUGGAGGAUACCUUAGCAAACGUUACAAUUGGAGCUGUCAAUCAACCUUAAAGUAUUCUGCUAUUAUUGCAUUAGUUGCAACCGCACUUACAGCUACUGUUUUUAUUGGCUGCAACGGGCGUGAAGUAGUGGGUGUUGAAAUUCCAUAUUACAACAGUAUGGUUUCAGUCUCAUUGGAAAAUCAAUGCAAUAUUGAUUGUAAUUGUAAUAAAAAAUACAAGCCUGUUUGUUCAGUUGAAGAUCAGCAGACUUUUUAUUCACCGUGUUAUGCUGGUUGCUCUAAAAUAAAUUUUUUAGAUGGAAUGUACCACAACUGCACCUGCUUGCCACCUAACGUCACAAAAGUUAUUGAAAGUAGAUGUACACCAAGCUGUAAGCUAUUUCCUCUGUUUGCUGUGUGCGCAUUUUUGCUUAUGAUUUUUACCUUCUUGAACAAUGUUCCUGUAUUAAACGCUACAUUUAGAGUUGUACCAGCUGAUCUAGGGUCCUUUGCUAUGGGUUUUCAACAAGUUUUUGUUCGAUUUCUUGGAUUUAUUCCUGCUCCUACCAUAUUUGGCAAACUAAUAGAUUCAAGUUGCAAGUUAUGGGAAAAAGAUGAAUGCACAGGUGAAACUGCGAACUGCCUUGAGUACGAUAAUACCGAUUUUAGAUUAAACUUAUUUUUAAUUGCUGUUAUUGUUAAGUUUCUUGCAGCUAUAUUUCUAUUUCUUGCAUAUAAGUUUUACAAAUUACCGACUAAACAAAUUUCAGCAUUACCAAGUUCUAAUAAUAUUGCUGUUAUACAUUACGAAUAAUACUUUGUAAUAAUUAUAUAUAUUACUUUGUUACGGUUAAUGUUACUUCAUUAAGAACAAGUUUUAUUUUUAACUAUUUGUUUAAACAACACUGCGUUGCCAAUCAAGAACAUCUUAAUUGCAAAAAUUUAGUUUUU